AUGGAUUCGAUCAUUAUUCAGGAGCGGUUAGUGGAGCGGCUGCUGUCUCCCCGGACGCAGGCACAGCGAAGCCACCCGGGCAAGCUGAAGGACCAUGAGAAGCAGUACGUGGGCUUUGCCACUCUGCCGAACCAGGUCCACCGGAAAUCCGUGAAGAAGGGUUUCGACUUCACCCUGAUGGUUGCAGGAGAGUCGGGUCUGGGCAAAUCCACACUGGUGAAUAGCCUGUUCCUGACAGACCUCUACAAAGACAGAAAGCUUCUCAAUGCAGAGGAGAGGAUCAACCAGACAGUGGAGAUCAUCAAGCACACGGUGGACAUUGAGGAGAAGGGUGUCAAGCUGAAGCUGACUAUAGUGGACACACCAGGCUUUGGAGAUGCUGUUAACAACACUGAGUGCUGGAAGCCCAUCACUGACUACAUUGACCAGCAGUUUGAGCAGUAUUUCCGUGAUGAAAGUGGCCUGAACCGGAAGAACAUCCAGGACAACCGAGUACAUUGCUGCCUCUACUUCAUCUCUCCCUUUGGGCACGGGCUGAGGCCUGUGGAUGUUGAGUUCAUGAAGGCUCUGCAUGAGAAGGUCAACAUUGUGCCCCUGAUUGCCAAAGCCGACUGCCUGAUCCCCUCCGAGAUCCGAAAGCUAAAAGAGAGGAUCCGGGAAGAGAUCGACAGAUUUGGCAUUAAAGUGUACCAGUUUCCUGAGUGUGACUCUGAUGAAGAUGAGGAGUUCAAGCAGCAAGACAGAGAGCUGAAGGAGAGCGCUCCCUUUGCUGUCAUUGGCAGCAACACCGUGGUGGAGGCAAAAGGCCAGCGUGUCCGUGGGCGGCUCUACCCCUGGGGCAUUGUGGAAGUGGAAAACCAGGCACACUGUGACUUCGUGAAGCUGCGGAACAUGCUGAUCCGGACACACAUGCAUGACCUGAAGGACGUCACUUGCGAUGUCCACUACGAGAACUAUCGAGCUCAGUGCAUCCAGCAAAUGACCAGCAAGCUGACUCAGGACAACAGGAUAGAAAGUCCCAUUCCUAUCCUGCCUCUCCCAACACCAGACACUGAGACAGAGAAGCUGAUUAAGAUGAAGGAUGAGGAGUUACGGCGGAUGCAAGAGAUGCUGCAAAAGAUGCAGCAGCAGAUGCAGGAUCAGUGAGAGGCAGGUACCCAGAGAGAAGAGGGGAUCCCUCAGUGACCAUCUGAGACCUGGCAAGAGCUGUGAACGUUUAAAAAAGGUUUCCUGUUGUAUAGAGACUUGUGGGAAAGAGCUGUACCCGCACCCUCUAAUUUAUUAGCAGCAGUGCUGGCUUUUCGACCAGCUGGAUUGUGGAGGAGGCUGUUCACUUAACAGUUUUUAAAUAAUUAUUCUUUCAUUUAUUUUUUCCCUUUUUUUUUUUUAAGAAACUAGCCUAGGAUGUCUCUAAGGCAUCCUAAAAAUAUAAGAAAAGAAAAAGAUCCCUUUUUCCUGUGUACUAAUCUCUUGUUUGGGAAUGCUCCGGUAUUUAAAGUCCUGGUUUCUCUGGUGUACAAACUUAGAGCAUCUGUGUCAAUGCACGUUAGUGUUUACUCCCAACUGAGGUGCUGUGCCCCUGUCCCUGUUCCCCUUGUCUGGGGCCAGCACAAGCAUUGUAAAGGCAGCCAUACCCUCCUCCUGUGAGUUUGACCUGCGCUGCUUGGGCUUCUCAGCCUGGGGACAGUACUGGCCCAGGGAACUGGGGCUGGGGGUUUCUCUGUGCACUGACUUGCUCAGGAGUCCUGAUGAUUGUCUGGUAUCCUGUCCAGGUUUUUAUGGGUUUUUUGUUUAGUUGGUUGGUUUUGUUCUUCCUAUCAAGAAAACUCCAGGAUGUUUGCACUGAACAGCAAGAGACUGAGUGCCUCAAAGUCUGGUUAGAAGAAAACUGAUCUCAGUUACAUCUUUCUGGCAGAGAGGUUGAGUUGUUGACUAUUGCCUGCAAAGAGGUGAUGGGAGUGAGCACCUUCCCUGCCAUGGUUUCCUCCCACAGCAAGCUGGAGGCAUUGGUAGAGGAAAUCUAAGCCCCUGCAGUGGCUAGCAGGUGUUGGGUCAGCCUGGCAGGUGCAGGACUGUCAUUGAGUGGGGCUGAGCACAGCCCAGCAGGCUUGGCUUGGCUCUUGCUCCUCUGCCUUUCCCCUGGGCACUCAGCCCUUCUCCCCCUCCUUAUUCCUUGGCUCUUCCUGCCCUGGUGCUGGGAAGGCUGAUGGGUCUGCUGGGCAGAGAUAAAAGCACUCUUUGGGCAGCAGCUCCUGUCCUGUUCUCGCUUCCUGCAGUAUUUUUAACUUGAGUCCAGCCAGAGCAGAGCCCUGCAGUGUGAUGUGCCUGACAUGGCAGGGCUCACCAGCAACACUGCCAUGCUCACAGGAGUCAGGGCUGUUGCAGGGAGAGACACUUGGCUCCUCCCUCUGACUCCAGGGAGUGCAGCCAUGGGCUGGACCCUUCUGCUUCUUGGCUGACUCCUCUGUCUCCUUACCUCUUUUGUAUCUGCUCCUCCAUCUCUGGCUCUCCCCAGUAGAUCUCCCUGGAUAGGAAGCACAGUGUUGGCCAGGAAUAGCCAGGCUCUAGGUUCUGUUACUAGGCACUGCAUUUGUCUGAUUCCCCCCUGGGGCUUUAGAGUCCCAGCCAGGGUUUGUGCAUGUGGUGAGUAGGUUGGCUGGUUCCAAUUAUUCACUGUACAGAGCUUCUGCUUAGCCAGAGCAGGGGCUAUAGGGGCAGGGGAGAGACCCUGGCACCAUGUGGAAGGACAAAGUAAGGAUAGAAGCCCUUUGACAGAACUGUGCAAGCUGGGCAAGAGCAGUGUUCAACAAUGUUCGGGGUUUUUUUCAUUUUCCUCUAUUUUGGGCUCAUAAGUGACAGUGCCAUCCCAGGAGAGCAGAAGGCUUCAGCUUGACUUCAGUAACAUGUAGGACCAAGGCACCUGAGAGGAAGUAUAACCUUUCUUUGCAUGAUGUGCUUACUUGAGCAGUGGAGUAGCCUGAAACAGGUU